UAUUUUGGUUUUUCUUUAUAUGCAGAGAAUGCCGGCCCCUAUCAGACUGCGGGAGCUGAUCCGGACUAUCCGGACAGCACGCACACAGGCAGAGGAACGGGAGAUGAUCCAGAAAGAAUGCGCAGCCAUCCGCUCGUCCUUCCGUGAAGAAGAUAAUACGUAUCGCUGCCGCAAUGUGGCUAAGCUGCUUUACAUGCACAUGUUGGGAUAUCCUGCUCACUUUGGACAGGUACAUACACUUCCCACAGCUUGAUGUUUCAUUUCCUACACUGUUCCCAGAAGCCAACACACAGAGUUCAGGUGUUUACUGAUGGAGAUCAGCCGGGAGUGUCUGACAACUGUUCAUCACUGAUACAGCGGCAGUCACCAAUUAAAGUUAUUUUCUUAUCCGAAAUGUUUCUUUAGACAUAAUGUGCCCAGUACUUUCAGCAGUUUUGUUGUAAGUUUCUGGAGUACGAUUUGUGUUGGUACAGUUUUCUCUGGCCAUUUAUUGUUGAUGGUUAAGUGCUGGAUAGCUGUGUGUAUAUGUUAAUUCUGUUUAGAUUGUCACAAUAUAGAGCCCUCUGGUGUGUGUCUGGAAGCCACUAUUUACAGAGAUCUCCUAAUACAUUUGAGGUUUUUGUUCCCCCCCCCAGUUGGAAUGCCUGAAGCUUAUUGCUUCUCAGAAGUUCACAGAUAAGCGGAUUGGGUAUCUUGGUGCAAUGCUUCUGUUGGAUGAACGACAAGAUGUCCAUCUACUGAUGACUAACUGCAUCAAGAAGUAAGAAACAUUUGCUAAUUACACAUAUUCCGCAGCGCUGAUAUCUUGAUAUGUCCUCUUCCAGUGUCUGCACGAUGUAACAGGAACGGGUUAAAUAAUUCUACCUAGUAUUCACAUAAUUUACGAGCUGUGUUAUUGGAUAACGUGUCUCAUGGUGAUCUUUGCUUUCUCUCCUAGUGACCUGAAUCACAGCACUCAGUAUGUUCAGGGUCUGGCACUCUGCACAUUGGGGUGCAUGGGGUCUUCUGAGAUGUGCAGAGAUCUGGCGGGAGAAGUGGAGAAACUCCUGAAAACAUCUAAUUCUUACCUUAGGAAAAAGGUAUCUAUAGAUAUUGUGUAGAGAAGAGCAUAUGAUGCUCCUCUAAUUGCAAGACCACACACAAAACAAAGACAGGAGAGAAUUUGUUAAAUAGAGCAGCAGUGUUCAAUCUAAUAAGAGUGUAGAUUUUGUGAUGAUAAGAUAUUUACUUUUACGGUGCAAAAACAUCUGCCUGAUCGUAAUGGAAUUGUAGUGUUUCUAGUUGGGAAUCAAGGUGUAUGAAUGAAUGUACCGGAAUGCUCUUCAGUUGGUUGCAUCGUAUGCACGUGCACAGGAAAUGCCUUUGGUUCAUUUAGGUAAUGAUCACUAAUAAACAUUCCUGAUUCAAGGUGCUUAUAGUUAAAGGAACUCUCUGGACCCCAAAAGCCCUUUAAGCUGCUAGACUGCUUUAUAUGUUAAGUAUAUAUUCUUUGAACUUUUUUCCUUCAUAUUUUACAAAAAGUGCAGGUUUUAUUAGAAUUUAGCACAGUUAUAAGUUAACCUUGUUACACCCCUCUGCCUGUCCGACAACAGGUCCUGUUACUUCCUGGUUUGGUUAGCUCAGUGGAGCUAAACUCGAGAGGCAGCAAUUAGGAAGUCUGUGACUUAAAUCUGAGCGGGAUUAGAAGGGGAGGGAUUCCGAAGGCUGCAGACACGAGAUCUGCAGCUUCUAUUAGAGGUUUUUAGAUUACAUGCUUAUAUGUUCUCACUGGAGAUAUAUACACACACACGGUGAUCCAUUUAUGAAAUGGUCUCUUUACCAUUGAAUUUGAAGUGGCUAAGAAAGCACUGUGAUGCAUGAUUUUUGAAUUGAAUAUUUUAAUAGGACUGGAAAAGGUGGGGCUACUCUUAAAGAGUGAUUUGAAAUGUUGGGGUUCAGCCCAGACUAACAUCACUUUACUUGCAGUUUGUAGAUGUUUAGCUUUUAUUUUGUAUGUGCUACAGGCGGCUCUGUGUGCUGUACACGUGAUCAGAAAGGUCCCAGAACUCAUGGAAAUGUUUCUGCCUGCUACAAAAAACCUACUCAAUGAAAAAAAUCAUGGUAAGUGGUCUGCAUUGUGCUCUGCUCUUUCUGUCCCACUUGUGAUAUGAGUAGUGUUACACUGUGAUAUGUGGUGAGAAUUGUGGUAUGAUAUGUAACAAUCUCUCGUUGUCGUGCAGGCGUGCUUCAUACUUCAGUUGUCCUCCUGACCGAGAUGUGUGAGAGGAGCCCAGACAUGCUUACACAUUUUAGGAAGGUAGGUGUCUAAUUGCAGUGUUAGGAUGUGGCCGGUAAUGUGUACGAUUCUCCUCUCUCCUUCCUGUUCUAAGUGGAUGUCUGUACCUGCUGUGUCCAUGCAUGCUGUCCACUCUUUCUAUAGUCUAUGCCACAGACAAAGACACAGCUUGUGGCUUGUUUAGUAACUGGCUGAUUUUUGUAGUCAGCCUGGGUAUGUGCACUUACUUGACAAUUGGUUCCUCUGCUACUUAAAGAGUUAAUGAUGUAAACACCGUCCUAGUUCCUUCAGGGGAACUAUGCAUUUGUUUUUUUGUUUCUGCUGGUUUUUAUUUUGAUAUGACUAACAAAAUCUCGCCAUCCCAAGAUGAGAUUAGUUGAAUUAAAUAUACUGUGGAUAUGAGGUAACCUUUAGGUAGCACACCGGCUGUGAUGGAACUACAUAACCCAUGAUGCUCAACAACUAUAAGCAAUGAGCCAUAAGCUUAUCAGAGCCUCAUGGUAGUCAGAGUUGUUCCUUAGAGCUCUAUGUUGGCCUAAAGCAUGAAGUUUGAUUAUCUGAUUGAUAUGUACUUGCAGUCCUACUCAUAACUCCUGUCUGUCCGGACUAUUUCCUCUGAUUUAUACUAUAGUGAUUGAUGAGCUGUCUGUAUGAGCGUAAUCCUUCUUCCACAGAUAUCAGAUGUUUGGCAAUUAGAUUCCCCAUAAUGCACAGCCAGCUUCAGAGUUUUGCUGUGACUGUAUGGCGGUUUCUGAAACCGUUCACCCUGCUCGCUAUUGCAGUUUAGUAUAGCCUUAAUGAUGCAAUGCAUACUCUCACCGGGGUUGUUUUAUUUUUUUAUUUUUAUUUUUUGCCUAGGAUGGUUUAAGUGUUUAGGUCUUGGGGGGGUGUUCUGUGUGCAAAACAAAGCUUCUUUUUUCGGGAGCUCUGUUGGUUGUUUAAUCUCAGAUCAGCAUAAUGUGUGCUGUUUCAAACCGCGUGCCUAACGCCUGCUUCCUGUCUUUUAUUCUGUCUGCUUGGGAUCCGUCUCAAUGUUAGAAUGAGAAGGUAAGAUAAUUGGUUCUCCUUUUGUAUUUUCCCACAUACUUUCUGUCCUUAGAUAACAGGCUGGUUAUAUAUAAACCUUUCAUAGCCACGGCUUAUUUACACUGCUGGACACAAACAAUUCUGACACUUUAUCUCUUUGUUUAAAUGUCAUUUCCUUUUUAUUUUCUUAUUUCACCCAUGCAUGCUUCUAUUCUGUUUUCAAACACAGUUAAGGCUAUUUAAUACCGAAAGCCCACAUAUUGGUCUUAAUAUAAAGCUGAAUAAUAUAUGCAAAGUUUUUUAUAUUUUUUUGUGUAAUACAGUUUUCCAGUGUUUAAAAAUGCACUGUAUUUAAGACGGCCCUCCACUCACAUUAUCAGACUAGUUUCCUUGUGUAAGUUCUGGUACAAGAAACUCCCCCUACCCAUUUUAUCAAAGCUGCAUGAACGAUACUUCUCUUAUUAUGCUAGGUCGAUGUAUUCAUGAAAACAAACAAUAGAAGCAGACUGCACUUGGUUUAGCUUGCCAAGUAGUUUCAUUCAUGUCAUUUUGUGAAUGAAGGUAGCAGAAAAUGCUGUAUUCUAUCUAUAUGAAUCCCUACUUUGCAAAGAUUUAUGGGAUCUAUAUACAUUGACCCCUACUUUGCAGAGAUUAAUGGGAUCUAUAUACAUUGACCCCUACUUGGCAGAGAUUAAUGGGAUCUAUAUACAUGAACCCCCGCUUGGCAGAGAUUAAUGGGAUCUAUAUACAUUGACCCCUACUUGGCAGAGAUUAAUUGGAUCUAUAUACAUUGACCCCCACUUGGCAGAGAUUAAUGGGAUCUAUAUACAUUGACCCCCGCUUGGCAGAGAUUAAUGGGAUCUAUAUACAUUGACCCCCACUUGGCAGAGAUUAAUGGGAUCUAUAUACAUUGACCCCCGGCAGAGAUUGGGAUCUAUAUACAUUGACCCCCGCUUGGCAGAGAUUAAUGGGAUCUAUAUACAUUGACCCCUACUUGGCAGAGAUUAAUGGGAUCUAUAUACAUUGACCCCUACUUUGCAGAGAUUAAUGGGAUCUAUAUACAUGAACCCCCACUUGGCAGAGAUUAAUGGGAUCUAUAUACAUUGACCCCUACUUGGCAGAGAUUAAUUCUAUAUACAUUGGAUCUAUAUACAUUGACCCCCACUUGGCAGAGAUUAAUGGGAUCUAUAUACAUUGACCCCUACUUGGCAGAGAUUAAUUGGAUCUAUAUACAUUGACCCCCACUUGGUAGAGAUUAAUGGGAUCUAUAUACAUUGACCCCCGCUUGGCAGAGAUUAAUGGGAUCUAUAUACAUUGACCCCUACUUGGCAGAGAUUAAUGGGAUCUAUAUACAUUGACCCCCGCUUGGCAGAGAUUAAUGGGAUCUAUAUACAUUGACCCCCUAGAGAUUUAUGGGAUCUAUAUACAUUGACCCCUACUUGCAGAGAUUAAUGGGAUCUAUAUACAUUUGGCAGAGAUUAAUGGGAUCUAUAUACAUUGACCCCUACUUGGCAGAGAUUAAUGGGAUCUAUAUACAUUGACCCCCACUUGGCAGAGAUUAAUGGGAUCUAUAUACAUUGACCCCUACUUGGCAGAGAUUAAUGGGAUCUAUAUACAUUGACCCCCACUCUAUAUACAUUGACCCCCGCUUGGCAGAGAUUAAUGGGAUCUAUAUACAUUGACCCCUACUUGGCAGAGAUUAAUGGGAUCUAUAUACAUUGACCCCGCUUGGUAGAGAUUAAUGGGAUCUAUAUACAUUGACCCCCGCUUGGCAGAGAUUAAUGGGAUCUAUAUACAUUGACCCCCGCUUGGCAGAGAUUAAUGGGAUCUAUAUACAUUGACCCCUACUUGGCAGAGAUUAAUGGGAUCUAUAUACAUUGACCCCGCUUGGCAGAGAUUUAUGGGAUCUAUAUACAUUGACCCCCGCUUGGCAGAGAUUAAUGGGAUCUAUAUACAUUGACCCCCGAUGGCAGAGAUUAAUGGGAUCUAUAUACAUUGACCCCUGCUUGGCAGAGAUUUAUGGGAUCUAUGUACAUUGACCCCUACUUGGCAGAGAUUUAUGGGAUCUAUAUACAUUGACCCCCGCUUGACAGAGAUUUAUGGGAUCUAUAUACAUUGACCCCCGCUUGGCAGAGAUUAAUGGGGUCUUUAUACAUUGAUCCCCUGCUUGGCAGAGAUUAAUGGGAUCUAUAUACAUUGACCCCUACUUGGCAGUGUUUAAUGGGAUCUAUAUACAUUGACCCCCGCUUGGCAGAGAUUAAUGGGAUCUAUAUACAUUGACCCCGCUUGGCAGAGAUUAAUGGGAUCUAUAUACAUUGACCCCCGCUUGGCAGAGAUUAAUGGGAUCUAUAUACAUUGACCCCGCUUUGCAGAGAUUUAUGGGAUCUAUAUACAUUGACCCCCGCUUGACAGAGAUUUAUGGGAUCUAUAUACAUUGACCCCCGCUUGGCAGAGAUUUAUGGGAUCUAUAUUCAUUGACCCCCGCUUGGCAGAGAUUAAUGGGAUCUAUAUACAUUGACCCCCGCUUGGCAGAGAUUAAUGGGAUCUAUAUACAUUGACCCCGCUUGGCAGAGAUUAAUGGGAUCUAUAUACAUUGACCCCCGCUUGGCAGAGAUUAAUGGGAUCUAUAUACAUUGACCCCGCUUUGCAGAGAUUUAUGGGAUCUAUAUACAUUGACCCCCGCUUGACAGAGAUUUAUGGGAUCUAUAUACAUUGACCCCCGCUUGGCAGAGAUUUAUGGGAUCUAUAUUCAUUGACCCCCACUUGGCAGAGAUUUAUGGGAUCUAUAUACAUUGACCCCCGCUUGGCAGAGAUUUAUGGGAUCUAUAUACAUUGACCCCGACUUGGCAGAGAUUAAUGGGAUCUAUAUACAUUGACCCCCGCUUGGCAGAGAUUAAUGGGAUCUAUAUACAUUGACCCCUACUUGGCAGAGAUUUAUGGGAUCUAUAUACAUUGACCCCCGCUUGGCAGAGAUUUAUGGGAUCUAUAUUCAUUGACCCCCACUUGGCAGAGAUUUAUGGGAUCUAUAUACAUUGACCCCCGCUUGGCAGAGAUUUAUGGGAUUUCCCUAGCAGCCUUGAGAUGUUUGAUGUGCAAGGACUAGAAACAAUCUGGGAUGUGACAUCACUCAUGAAAGGGUUAAAGUACAAAGCUGGGAUAAAAUUCCAAAAGUAACGCAAUUUACAGUUCCCACUGUAUAGAAAAAAUAUAUAUUUCAUGGAGUCUGUAAAAUAUUGUUUUCUUUACUCUUUAAUCCACCCUUUAGAACUGUCAGACAUUUCUUGCACACUAUUUAAAUAGACACCUUUUCUAAACACGAUUGACUGCAUCUCUGGCCUUUUGUGAUGUUUGGUGUAUUGUGGUUUGGUGAUUGUAAUUUGUGUUGUUGUUUUGGAAUGUGGACAUUAGGCUGUGUUCAUGCUAUAUCUCUUCCAGCCCUGAGGAGUUAGCCAUCUGUGUUGUGAUAUCUCUUAACCCUCUGCUCUCAUUACAGCUCGUCCCACAGCUAGUUCGUAUUUUAAAAAAUCUCAUCAUGUCCGGUUAUUCCCCCGAGCACGAUGUAUCUGGGAUCAGUGACCCCUUCUUACAGGUAUGUGACCUAGACAUAACUGCACACCAUGUAACAUAACAUAUAUAAUAUUUAUGAAUGGUAGUCUGGUCAUUGUCAAGUCUACUGAAUGAAAACUGUACACUAGUCCUACAUGAAUGGUGUGUGGUAUAGUGCAGAGUAUAGCAGCAAAUGGACGAAUGAAGGUAUUGGGUGAUUAAUGAUUAUUGUUCUAUACCAGCGGUUCCCAAACUGUUCCCUGACGUGCACACAGUGGUGCCGCGUAAAGUUUCCCCGGUGCUAUGAUUAUAGCAUAGGGAAAACAUUACUACUGAACAGGGACUGAUCCUUUAAGACCGCAACUGGGCACCUGUGAUGGCAGUCUGGGAGGAAGUGACAGCCUGUCACUUCCUCGCAGCAUCCUGCAAGGAGACAGCGUGGGAUGGAGAGGAGGCAACCGCAGCGUGAGUGGAGAGGAGCAUGAAUAGCUCCAGACCCCUCACUCCCACCAGCUGGAGGGAACAGGAGGGGGUGGCUGGAGAUAUAUAUAUAUAUAUAUAUAUAUAUAUAUAUAUAUAUAUAUAUUUUUUUUUUUUUAAUCACGUGUGUAUAUUAUAUAUGUAUAUUAUUUAAAUAUAUGUCAGUGUGCUUCUUUGUCUGCGCACACAUCUGUGUAUGUGCAUCUGUGUUAUGGUGUGGGCAUGUAUCAAUGGCUGUGUGUGUCAGGGUGCAUGUGUGUGUAUGUCGGUGUGUAUUUAUGUGCAUGAAUAUCUGUGUAUCUAUGUGUGUAUGUGCAUACAUCCAAGCAGUCAAACAGCACAACAUCCAAGCACACUCCAUCACUCAAAUCACAAAUAAGUGAACAUUCAAACACACAACUGCAAUCAAACGCAAACAUUCAAUACAAACACACCCCUGUAUUAAAACACAAUAACUAUAUACAAGCACCCCUUCAAACACCAACACUGUACAUUACACUAUAGCGCCAGUAAAUACCGCAGCGCUGUACAGAUAUACAACCUAGAAAUUUUGACUUGGGGUGCCUUGGAAAAUUACUGAUAUAUCAAGGGUGCCUUGAACCUAAAAAGUUUGGGAACCACUGUUCUAUACAAUAACGAUCCAUGUGUUUUGUCACUAUAGUACGUAUCAAGAAACUGACAUCACCCAUACUGGUUUUGUAAGAGAAGUUCCCUGUUUGCUAGUGUUUCCAGUCUGUGUAGCAAUUGUCACAUUAGUUGCUGUAUAGGUGAUCCACAGAGCUGGCUUCUUUUACUUUGGUACAUCUUCUACUGGAUAUUUAUAUAUAUAUAUAUAUAUAUAUAUUUUUUUUUUUUUCUUCCAGGUUCGUAUACUAAGGCUUCUCCGGAUUUUGGGUAGAAAUGAUGACGACUCAAGUGAAGCCAUGAAUGAUAUUUUGGCACAGGUGAGUGGGCAGCAGCACCUGUAUCUUGUGUGCUAUACGGUAUGGAGCAUUUGCUGUUGCUGUAAGCGAGUGAUCUGUGUCUGCCAUACUAGCAAAGCUGAUGUACAUGAGAUCCAUGUUUAUUAAUAAGGCAGCUGGAAGCAUAUGGGAUCUUGUAUAGUAGAGCAGGCAUCUGACUGGGUUCUAGCAGUAAACAUGGAGUUACAACAUCCAGGUGUUUGAGGUAGAUCAAGGUGGCCGGUACCUAUUGCUGGUCUGUAAAAGUAUUUUGUGGGUGAAGAGUGAGGGUUGGCAAGCAUUCUACCAUAAGCUCUAUGAUAAUAUCAAUAAAAUACCCCUUUUAGGUUGCAACCAAUACUGAAACCAGUAAAAAUGUCGGCAACGCUAUUCUAUAUGAAACUGUUCUAACGAUUAUGGAUAUAAAAUCAGAAAGUGGACUCCGGGUAAGAAUCCAUUGCAUCCUUUCCUUGUGGGUUCUACCGUCUUUCUAACCCUCUUUAUUUUUGCAUCCACACCUCUCUCGUCUUGUACUUUACAACCCCCUGUCCAGUUGCUUAAACUCACCUUCUGGACACACCAUACCAUUUUAUUUUUUUAUCUGCUCCCCUUUCUCCUAUCCAUCUGUUCUUUUCCUCUGUGGCUAUGCAAUGUUCAUUUUAUCCUUGCUUCCUAACCUGUAUGGCUUGUUUUUAAUAUAAUUCUUGUCUGCAGGUUUUGGCUAUUAAUAUUCUAGGAAGAUUCUUAUUAAAUAAUGACAAGAAUAUUCGGUGAGUACUUGCUGUGUGAAUAUACACUGCUCGGAGUGUGAGAUCUCAGGCUAUGCUGUGCCCAUGUGCCUGGGUUAUCUACUUUCUGUAUCUAUUCCAGAUAUGUCGCUCUGACGUCCCUGUUAAAGACCGUACAGACUGACCACAAUGCAGUGCAGAGACACCGCAGCACUAUAGUGGAUUGCCUGAAAGACUUGGAUGUGUCCAUUAAACGGUGAGAGAAUAGCUUGUCUGUAGUGUGUUUAUUCCUAUUUUCUUUAAAAUAACAGAAUCCUCAUUAUUGGUUUAUUUCCUAGCUCCUCUUGUACCAUCCAUUCAUUCCUUAUUGUUAGUCAAUUCACUUAAUUAAGGGUAAAGUGAGGGUAACAGACAAGGGAAUUGAACAUCUCAGGUCAAAAUAGCAGAUUAGAGAAAUAUUCAACACUUUCGUUUUCACCUCACAUUUGCCUUCCUUGUAAAUUUCCAAAAGUUCCUAGUUUUAGUAAAUACUCCUCAUUGUAUUUCUUUUAUGUCAGUUCCGUUUAUCCACUGCUGGGCAUUUUAUCAGCAAUGCUUUGUCUACUUUUCUGAGUUUGUCACAUCCAUACACAUAUUUACAAGUAAUGGCUGCCCGGUGACACGGUUCUCGUUUCCUACCAACCCCAUCAUGUGUGUCAGUACAUUGUCUAUGGUCCCACCAGGCUCCUCCGUCACACUGAGUCCUGAUCAGGGAGCCACCCCGGUGCUGCAGGGUCUGUUAGAGGUCGUAGUCUCCUCCUGACUAUCCUGUAGACUUGCGCAAAAAAUGUGUUUGUCACUUUGUCUGAAAUCAAAAUCCUUUUUAAACCAUAACUAAACAAGUGGAUCGGAUGGUCUAGGUUUUACCUGUUGAGCUCUAGUCAUUGAAAAAGACUCCACAAGUAAAUCCCAGAUGAAUCGAUUCACUCAGGUUUGAACUCUAAGGAUUUUGAUUUGGAUGCACUGGUCAAAACAAAUAUUUACACAAGUCUACCAUCCAGGUGCCAGCUCUGAAGGAGAUAAAGCAGGGCUUCUUGAUAUGUGUAACACAAACAGCUGGUGGUGGAUGGCUGACUGUAAGUACCAUUCUCAGUGAGUUAAUCUGUCCGUGUGUACAGCCCUGGUUCACUCGGAGUCAUGUUAGUAGGUGGCAGAAUGAAGGUGUUGGGGAUGUUGAAUGAUGAUUACUAAGUGAUCCAUCGGCAGAGUCUUGUGGCUAUGCUGAGAUUCAGAAACCUGACAACGCCCACACCGGACCUGUAACAGUCCAUACUAUUCUGUGAAUGCGCUCUGUCCAUAUGCCCAUUAUUCCAUUUACCGUCCUAGGCGAGCCAUGGAGCUGAGCUUUGCUUUGGUGAAUGGAAACAAUAUCCGCGGAAUGAUGAAAGAACUACUGUAUUUCCUGGACUCCUGCGAGCCAGAGUUUAAAGCAGACUGUGCCUCCGGUAUCUUUUUAGCUGCUGAAAAGUAAGUAUUUUGUGUGAUCACAGCCCAGCAAGCUACUGUUUCAUUACCAAAUGCUACACUGCUGCUCAGUAACCAUUUAAUUACAUCACUUCAUGCUAGGGGAGCAGGUAUUGGGCUGCACAGUGCCUGAUUCUCCAAAAGUUAAAAUGUACUGUAGAAAUUUUGCUGCCUGCUGUGGUUAUAAGAUGAUAUUUUAAUUGUCCCUGCCACGGAACGGAUUGUGCGAUCAGCAGAUAGAGCUCUCUAAUCUCCUUUUCCUUCCUGCAUCAGUUACAGACAUUUAGCAGCAAGCUUGAUAAGCAGUCAGUCAGGGGAAUUCUGGCAAACCGCUGAUUGUCGUUAAUGUAAUAUAGUGACCGUGUGUGCACUUGGUUUAUGUAAAGGCGGUUUAUUUUGUAGGCAGUGGAUUCAAUCUAACUCUCGAGGAGCCUCGUGCCCCAUAGGUUAAUUAUUGCAUUGUGAGUGUUAAAGGGUUGGAUAACGUCUUCCUUGUUUCCUUUCUUGCAGAUACGCUCCUUCAAAGCGAUGGCAUAUAGACACGAUCAUGCGGGUUCUUACCACAGUACGUUUCUUAGAAUAAUUUCUACUCAAUCAAUGAUGUCUUAUCUCCUGGUCUGUUCUCCCCCUUUCUUAUCUCCUGGUCUGUUCUCCCCCUUUCUUAUCUCCUGGCUGUUCUGUUCUCCCCCUUUCUUAUCGCCUGGUCUGUUCUCCCCCUUUCUUAUCUCCUGGCCUCUUCUCUCCCCUUUCUUAUCUCUGGCCUCUUCUCUGCUUUCUGCCAUCUGGCCUCUUCCCCCCCCCUUUCUUAUCUCCUGGCCUCUUCUCCCCCCCCCUUUCUUAUCUCCUGGCCUCUUCUUCCUUUCUUAUCUCUGGCCUCUUCUCCCCCCCCUUUUCUUAUCUCCUGGCUUCUUCUCCCUCCCCUUUCUUAUCUCCUGGCCUCUUCUCAGCCCCACCCCCUUUCUUAUUUCCUGGCCUCUUCUCCCUCCCCUUUCUUAUCUCCUGGCCUAUUCUCCCCCCCCCCCCUUUCCUCCCCCUUUCUUAUCUCCUGGCCUAUUCUCCCUCCCCCUUCUCUGAGUCUCUUAUUUUGUUCUUUGCCUUCUUCUUCUGUGUGUAGCUCGCACUUUGUCCACUUUUCCUCUGACUUGACCUAAUUGGUUUUAUCUCCAGCCAUUCUUUAUUUCCUCUGUUUAUUUAUUUUUAUUUGUUUAGGCUGGAAGUUAUGUACGAGACGAUGCAGUCCCUAAUCUUAUUCAGCUCAUCACCAAUAGCUCAGAGAUGCACGAAUACACAGUACAGAAGCUCUAUAAGGCGAUUGUAGAUGACAUCUCUCAGGUAUGCUGCGUUUUUAUGCACGGUAAAGCUGACAAAGCAGGUUCUUGUGCUUCAUUUCACACAGUACCAACAAAUGCCACAAGGUGGUGCCGUUGCUAUUCAUUGUAUUUCAAGCUUCCUGGAUUCCUUGUUUGAGCUAUUUUGCGUGUUUUCUUUAGCAACCGUUGGUGCAGGUGUGCUCCUGGUGUAUAGGAGAGUAUGGAGACUUGCUGGUUUCAGGCCAUUGUGAGGAAGAGGAGCCAAUUCAGGUAACACAUAUCACAUAGGAGGGCAAUUUCUGUUAAGGUGGUUCUCAGGUGUCUCAUUGAGAUUCUGUGUUAAACUCAGGUCACAGAAGAUGAAGUUCUGGAUCUUUUGGAGAGCGUUCUGAUUUCCAACAUGUCCUCCUCUGUUACCCGUGGCUUUGCCCUGACAGCCAUCAUGAAAAACUCCACCAGGUUCAGCAACACUAUUAAGUAGGUACCACUAAUGACAUGGAUCUAAUAUAAGGGAGGAUAGCUAGACAGGCAGGGCUAUGUACUAAAGGGAGAGUUCAAAGUAGCCAAACUGGAAGUAUAGCAGCCUUGGAGAAUGAUUCCUGUUCAGCUAUUUGUACCUUAAAUUUUAUAGUCACUCGGAAUUCACUUUGUAUCCUCACUUUAGAGAAUAACUUUUAGGAUAUUGUGUAUCUUGACUGUUAUAUGGUGGGUAGAUAUUGCACUAAAACGCCAAGGGUUGAGAUUUUCUCUAGAAACUGCCAUAGAAUGGGAAGGGUUGAGGAUUGCGCCUUCACACUGCCGUAGAAUGGGAGGGGUUGAUGAUUGCGCCUACACACUGCCGUAGAAUGGGAGGGGUUGAGGAUUGCGCAUACACGCUGCCGCAGAAUGGGAAGGGUUGAUGAUUGCGCCUACACACUGCUGUAGAAUGGGAGGGGUUGAUGAUUGCGCAUACACACUGCCGUAGAAUGGGAAGGGUUGAUGAUUGCGCCUACACACUGCUGUAGAAUGGGAGGGGUUGAUGAUUGCGCCUACACACUGCCGUAGAAUGGGAGGGGUUGAUGAUUGCGCCUACACACUGCCGUAGAAUGGGAGGGGUUGAUGAUUGCGCCUACACACUGCCGUAGAAUGGGAGGGGUUGAGGAUUGCGCCUAGAGGCUGCCGUAGAAUGGGAGGGGUUGAGGAUUGCGCCUAGAGGCUGCCAUAGAAUGGGAGGGGUUGAGGAUUGCGCCUACACACUGCCGUAGAAUGGGAGGGGUUGAGAUUGCGCAUACACGCUGCCGCAGAAUGGGAAGGGUUGAUGAUUGCGCCUACACACUGCUGUAGAAUGGGAGGGGUUGAUGAUUGCGCAUACACACUGCCGUAGAAUGGGAAGGGUUGAUGAUUGCGCCUACACACUGCUGUAGAAUGGGAGGGGUUGAUGAUUGCGCCUACACACUGCCGUAGAAUGGGAGGGGUUGAUGAUUGCGCCUACACACUGCCGUAGAAUGGGAGGGGUUGAUGAUUGCGCCUACACAAUGCCGUAGAAUGGGAGGGGUUGAGGAUUGCGCCUAGAGGCUGCCGUAGAAUGGGAGGGGUUGAGGAUUGCGCCUAGAGGCUGCCAUUGAAUCGGAGGGGUUGAGGAUUGCGCCUACACACUGCCGUAGAAUGGGAGGGGUUGAGGAUUGCACCUACACACUGCAGUAGAAUGGGGAGAGUGGAGGUUUGCGCCUAGAGGCUGCCAUUGAAUGGUAGGGGUUAAGGAUUGCGCCUACACACUGCCGUAGAAUGGGAGGGGUUGAGGAUUGCGCCUACACAUUUCAGUAGAAUGGGGAGAGUGGAGGUUUGCGCCUAGAGGCUGCCAUUGAAUGGGAGGUUUGAACUGUGUUGUUAUGCCUUGACUACUGAAUUAAUAUUGUAGUCUGAUCAUUGUGUUUUACUGUUUAUUUCCUGUAGUCGCAUCAAGAAGGUGGUUUCCAUUUAUGGCAGCAGCAUUGAUGUUGAGCUGCAGCAGAGGGCCGUGGAAUAUAAUGCUUUGUUCAAGAAGUAUGACCACAUGAGGUAAGGAUGGAUAUCAGCCAGGCUACAGCUUCUGUCCCUGUCUGUCACUUUCCAUUUUUGGAGAUCAAAGUUAUCAUUGCCUCUCUGUAGGCCUGCUCUUCUGGAAAGAAUGCCCAUCAUGGAAAAGACAAUAUCAAAUGGACCAACAGAUUUGGCUCAAACUAAUGGAGAGACUGAACUUGCAAUAACCGAAACCAAACCACUCCCAGCCAGCAACCCACCAGUGAGCCAGGUAUGCAGCAGACCCCUUGCCCAGUUUUUCCUGUGCAGAAGACAUUUUUUUUUUAAAUCACCUUUAAACACUUUCCCCCCCUUCAAUAGGCCAAUGAUUUAUUAGAUCUAUUAGGAGGAAACGACAUUCAGCUGGUAAUACCCACGGCACCUCCUCCCAAGCAGUCAUCGGUAGGAGGGGAGCUUCUAGAUCUUCUUGGAGACCUAAACCUUGGUGGUGAGUGCUGCGGUGGGAUUCUGUAUGAGAUUUACCAGUGGAGGGUAGACUUUGUUUUAAGAAUUGGUUCCUUUACUGGUGGGUUUUCAUGCUGUUUCAUGGGUUCUCCAAUGAUUGGAACUGGUGCAGCAUACUUAUUGGUCCACAAAGAGCUGCACACAGUGUGUGAGUUACUAGAACAGAUUGGAUCUGUAUUUACCAGAUUUUUCUAUUUGAUUUUACAAUUGAAGUAUGAGUCAUGGAACUGGGGUUACAAUUUAAGAAUUGAGUUGUUAACCUAAUACUAUUUAUAUAAUUUUACUUUUUGGUUAAUGAGUUCCUUCUUGUAAUAAUUCAGGAAUUCCAGCUCCUGUUCCACAGAUGCCUGCCCCACAGCUGCUGCUGGAUGGACUCUCAACGCAGCCUCUCUUCAAUGAUAUUUCAGGUUAGUUUGUCUCUCACAAGUUACAUAUUCUUGAAUAUUAAAGGAUUACUCGAAGCACCGUGACCUGUUCAGUGUCUUGAAGUGGUCAUGGUGCUUGGAGUCUGUAUGUUGAGUGAAUAACCCUGUCAAUGUCCUGCGCUCUUUGCAGGGGCCUCUAUCUGGAAUUAUUUUCGUGUCAGGACAAGCAGAUCGGGCUACUUCUUUAGUCCUUUGGACAAGUAGAUUUAUUUUUAAUUUUGUAAAAUUCAAUUAAAAAAUGCAAAAUAAGGCAGAAUAAACUAAAGGGAUCCCAACAUUAAUCCGCUGUAACUAAUACCAUAUAUAUUCACCCCCAAACUAAAGCUCAAUGUGGAAAUGUUUUUAAUUUUUCUAGUUGCAGUUAUUCCACCCAUCACUGCAUAUAACAAGAAUGGCCUGAAAAUCGAAUUCACAUUUGAAAGAUCCAGCACAAAUGCCAGUGUGACGGUGAUUACAACGCAAGCAUCCAACAGCACAGACAGUGAUAUGACCGACUUUGUGUUUCAGGCGGCAGUACCAAAGGUAUUCCGUGUGAGGCGGGUUGGUUAUCUAGCAGAGAGACUAAUGGUUUUUUUCCCCAGAGACACACACAGCAUUUAGGCAUGAUAUAUGUGAGUUUCUCUCUGGAAUAGCACCUUUAUGGGGAACCUCUACUGGAUUUAGACUUUUGCUUUUGGUUAAAGGGACACUAUAGUCACCUGAACAACUUUAGCUUAAUGAAGCAGUUUUGGUGUAUAGAACAUGCCCCUGCAGCCUCACUGCUCAAUCCUCUACCAUUUAGCAGUUAAAUCCCUUUGUUUAUGAACCCUAGUCACACCUCCCUGCAUGUGACUUGCACAGCCUUCCAUAAACACUUCCUGUAAAGAGAGCCCUAUUUUGGCUUUCUUUAUUGCAAGUUCUGUUUAAUUAAGAUUUUCUUAUCCUCUGCUAUGUUAAUAGCUUGCUAGACUCUGCAAGAGCCUCCUGUAUGUGAUUUAAAGUUCAAUUUAGAGAUUGAGAUACAAUUAUUUAAGGUAAAUUACAUCUGAUUGAAAGUGAAACCAGUUUUUUUUUCAUGCAGGCUCUGUCAAUCAUAGCCAGGGGAGGUGUGGCAAAUUGCAGGGUAAUGAUCUAUACACUAAAACUGUUUUAUUUAGCUAAAGUAAUUUAGGUGACUAUAGUGUUCCUUUAAACCUGCAACAAUUCCUAAAUCUUUUCUUUUUUUUUUUUGCCCGCCAGACGUUCCAGCUACAGCUCCUCUCCCCAAGCAGUAAUGUCCUUCCGGCUUUCAAUGCUGGCAGUGUAACACAGGUCAUUAAGGUUCUCAACCCCCAGAAAGUAAGUACCAUCUUCCCUUUAGAGUACGUUGAUCUACCUUCAUGUGUCUGUCCCCUGCUGCUCCUUCUUUUAGGGAUGCUAUAUUCCCAUGUGCACACGUUAUUUAUACUAGCUCAGGGGCAGUAUCUAGAAAGUGCUGUCCUGUAAGUCAAAUGCUGUAGGCAGUAAAUUAAUGAAUCAUGCAGCAUUAAAUUGUGUCUAGAAAAACAUGAUGGGAAUGGCAUCCUUGCCUAAUGAGCACAAUGAUCCCCUCUCCUGCCCUGCUGUAUGCCGAGCGCGACACUCCCCUCUCCUGCCCUGCUGAAUGCCGUGCGCCUUGCUCCCUUCUCAAUCACCUAAAGGAUGAGUUUGUUGCCUCCUUCUUCUGCUCCUGCCGGCUGAUAUGUCGUUUCUCUCCUGGCAGGCUGCGUGCUGUAUAUCCUCUUCCCUUUUCUGUUGUACUCAUUCUGUUUGUGUUUUGUCUGUUUCUGCAGCAACAGCUGCGCAUGCGGAUCAAGCUGACCUAUAAUCAUAAGGGCUCAGCCAUGCAGGAUCUCGCUGAAGUAAGCAACUUUCCCCCUCAGUCCUGGCAAUAAGACAGAGCUAUGUCCAUAUUCUCCCCCCCACCCAAGAUGAAGGAACUCUGGGCUGGAGCCUCUGCCCCUGGAUUGGCAAGGAUUGCACUUUUUGGGCCAUGGGGUAGCAGAGAAGAAUUGAGGGACAUUCUGCAGCUGAACGAAGCAAUGAGCGCAAGGUGAGGACAUUGCUGCUCUUACUCCUCCAACUCAGGAAGGAGCAGCCUGACCUCUCCCGACCCUCACCUCUCCCAGCGGGAGAUGGAGUUGAUUUUCCCUGAAUGGCUGUCCUGGAAUUUUGUGUUCUUACCCUCCCCAUCUCACUCUGUACAUUCCCGCCUCCAUGGUUCCACUCACCCCUAACGCCCUCCAGGCUCUUUAUCCUGCGCUCUCUUCAAUGGAGAGUUACGUUUUGUUUUUAAAAUGUGGUUUGAUAAAAUGCUGUGCCUGGGGAUGCUUGCUAUUCCAUCGCUGCCUUCCCUCCGAACCCCCCGUUUGCCUGUAUUUCCUCUCUCUACUGGAUUCAAACUUGAUUAGAAUUGAGCUCUGACGCCUUCCAGACCCGUGCUAAUGUUACUGUAAAGCCCAGCUCCCAUGUCAUGGUAAGCAGGUGCAGUCUCUGAGUAGGGCAGGGGUUACUUCAUGCCUCGGCUGUCUAUGGUGAUGAGCUGUGUAGAGGGGAACUAUGCCUAACAUAGACUGGUUUAACGGUUAAGAGAUGGUAGAAAUAUAUGUGAAAUAUUAAGGAGCCACAGCAUUCCUGAAGAGCAGACAUACCUCAGCAUUUAUGGAUUUUCUCUCCUGCUGGAUAAUGCGGUAGUGUUUUUUGUUUGUUUAAGGGUACUGAGAUGAUAAUCAGGAUCUUAGAGAGAUGUUAAACAAAACAGAUCUGAAGUUCUCUGUAAGUGCAGUAUCUGACCUUCUAGAUAUCAAACUAUUGUAAUUAGUUGCAGCUGCUAACGGACUCUAAAUCAAUUGAUUCCACUAGACAAUCUGUGCCUGGUAGUGAUGGUGGCAAGGCAUUGCAUGUCCAUUUAAUAUUAACUUGUCAAUGGUGGCGCACAUGAGACUGCAUCUCCCAGUGUGGGCCAGUCGAGAGGCAUACUACCCUCCCCAUCUGCUGAGAACCCAGGAUGGAUUUGUACAGCUUCCAGCAGGGAUACGGGUGGACAUGAUCUUUCCUCUUGUUGAGAUGAGAACUUGUUCCCUCUGUUCAGAACAAAUAGACAGGGCCCCAGGUGCUGCUGUGCUAUGCUCUCCUCUCCAGCAGCAGGCCCUGGUUGAAGGCGUUCUCUCACUGGCUAGGCCAGCAUUUGAUGAUACACCUGUUGGUACUCUGUGUUUUUACUUUGUGUUUGGGGCAUUCUUCUGCCUCCCCGUUCCUGUAAUGUCUUUUCCUUUUUGCUGUUCUAGCAAGUUACAAUUCUCUGAACACCCACCUGGUCGCCUCCUUAAAGGAACAUUCAGAUUCCAUCUGUGAGUGGGGUGGAUAACGAACUGCUAAUUACUGCAGGCUUAUUUUUGAGAUGUAAAAGCAAACUUGUAAAAAUAAAACUAAGUCUCUUUGGGGAGCAUUAAGGGUGUAAACAUUUUCAUGGGGUACUUAGACUGAUGUGUAUUAUCGUCUUUUGGUUGAAACAAAUUAUGAAAAGUGACUAAUAAAGAAUAAAAUGAAAACCCAUCACCCCCUUCUCUGGCUUUGAGUACCAUCUUCAGAGAGCUUCAUCCUUCAUGGACUCGAAUCUACAUCUGACAAAACCUGACUUGUCAUACAGGCCACACUUAGCAGAACAUUUCCAAUUCAUGAGCAGCCCAGUGUCAUUUUCUAAAAUUGAAUAUACAUUUAUCGGAUUGCUUUGAUGUUAAGUCAAUUUUCAAACAUAGAAAAAUAAAUUCUACCACUGUUCUAUAAAUACCAAUAUAUGACUCCUUUUGAGGGAUAAGUGGCUGAAUGGUGGCUCAGUGUGAACUAUUCAAUUAAUAUGACGGUAAGGUGGAUUACUACGGGAAGAAUGUUUCACCAGCUUGCUGCUGCCGCAGAACCUGUGUGUAUUUAAUAGUUUUUUUGUGAGGUUCCCUGUGCCCCACAGCAGUGGUGGUUGACUAUGAAUAAGAGUUGUAUUCUUGUAAAUAAGAGCUAUAUAGGAAAACUACUGUAUUGCGUUUAUUUGCUUAAAUGGUGCUUUUUAAAAAAACAAACCAAAAAAAACCCAAAACAUUUUAAACCAGGUAUCUCAACCACUGGCCUCCUAGAUGUUGCUGUAAUACAACUCCCAUGAUUUUAUUUUCCAUACCUGUAGUUCCCAGUUUAAUAAGCAAACCUAUUGGUGAUUCUACUGUCAUUUACCAGAGACAUGACCUGGGUGUUGGGUAGGUAUACCUGGGAAACAACUCUGCGCUUUGGAUGUUAUGAGUUGUACAGGUACAUGGUAGAAAGAUGCAGGCAAAGGGCAUCACAGAUAAAUAAAUUGAAGAAACAAAACACUGAUUCGAUUACGAUUAUUACUGCUUCCUACAGGUAUGGGCUUUUGAAUUUGUACAAAAUAAUUGUUUCACAUAAUUCACCAGAAUUUAGACCACCUUCACAUAUUAACUGUAUGUAUCAUGGGAGAUCUAGUUGUAUUUAUUUGUGUGCAUGUAUAUUUUAUUGAAAACAAAAAAAGCAAGGAAGUUCUUUACGGGUGAGGAGAUUUUAAUCCCAGUUUAUAGAAGUGCUUAGGCCAGUGUGUGCACAUAAUUCAUGCAAAGGUUCCGUUUUCUCAAUGAGAACACUGGCUAUUUUCCUGUGAGGAGUAUGAAAGUCUCUGCUGGGAAGAAGGGAGAUGGGCUCAAAAGGCAGCAAUUCAUAACAGGUGCAGGUUUUGCCAGCACUUUCUUAUGCUUUCCCAAAGAAUAUAUGUGUGAGAAAUAAUUGCAUGUAUUCAUUGGGGAAUAUAUACACUAAAUAGUGGGUGGGUUCUCCAGAAAUCCAGGCCAGCAGACAAAGGAGUAGCUAAAACCUCCAAUGCUUGAAGACUUGGCUCAGUCCUUGUUAAUAAGUGUGAAAUGUGUGACACUCCCCCUGUCUGUCCUUCUCUGGAAUGUAU